AUGUGCCGUAGGGCUGUGCUGGGGCGAGGGCGAGGCGGGCGAGACCGAGCGCUGGAGCUUCUGCAGGAGGUUCGGGGUUAUGGAGACCUGUGCGAGUGCGAUCGGCCCGCCCCUCUGCGCUACCCACCGAUAACGGUUGCUGGCUGGCAGCGCGAUCGACGACGUCCCCUCGGCAUCAUCGCCAGCGCCAGGCCGCAGGCUCUGUACAGAUGUCUCCUGACAGCGUUAAGACAACCAGGAGGAUCACUGGAUCGAAUUCUUGUACUUCUGGAUGGACACAACGAGGAAACGGUGGCCUUGCUGGAUCUGCUGCGGGUACGAUACAUAACCCAUGACAUGACAAGGCGCAGUUUUCCUGGUGCAGGUGCGCGGAUCUCGGCGCAUUUCCGCUUUGCGCUCCACACGCUCUUCGAAGAGUUUCCUCGCGCAAACAAAGCCAUUAUUGUGGAGGAAGACCUGCUUCUGGCGCCAGACUUCUUCAGUUACUUCAACCAGACAGCGUGGCUGCUGGACGCAGACCCGACGCUCUUCUGCGUGAGCGCCUGGAACGACCUGGGAGCGCUCCCACACGGCCAGGCACCCCGACCGGUGUAUCGGGUUGAAACUCACGCUGGCUACGGGUGGAUGAUCCCGAGGAUGCUCGAAGAAAUAUACUCGCAAUGGAAGAAAGCGGACAAGGAGCACGACUGGGACGUCUGGCUGCGCAGCACCGAGAUCCGUGCGGGGCGGGAGUGCGUCGUGCCCGACGUCUCCCGGACUUUCCACAACGGGGUGGCGGGCGCGCACGUCAACGGCAUGCUGACGCAGUCGCAGUUCGCGGGCCACGCCGUCACCGCCGACGCCAACGUCCGGCUGAAGGACGUCGAGAAGUUGACAAUGACUGAAUAUGAAGAAUAUCUCUAUAACAUAUUAGAGAACGACAACGUAUACUUCCUUAAUACGACGCGUCAUCCUUGCAGCAGAGGCUAUCUGCCAAGGAAUUUCACGGGUGGACCGGUCGUUAUUUUCAUUACCAUGGAAAGCAAUGAACAGCACGGAACCUGGAGGAAGAUUGCCUCGUGCCUCGGGGUUUGGCAUUUGGACACUCGCUCACAUCACAGGGGCCUCUUCCGUCUCUCAUACUAUGAAACAGAACUUUUUAUUAUAGGUUACCCCUUCAGUGACUACAGUUACCUGAAGCCAUGGUGGAUACGUGUCAUGCAGGAAGCGGACGAGAAAGAAGAUAAACAGAUACUGGGAAGGACUCUGGAUAAUCGAUUGUGGUUCCGGCGCCCCGAGCUGGAGCAGUUUUCGCCUUUCCUUCUGCUGCAGCGGAGCACACCAGAACCUGCUGUUGGAUAAAACCACUGCUCGACCCAAACUGCUCAGAUACAACCUAUUUCCUCACGGUUGUAUCUCUUGUGUUUGGUAUUAUCCUAUUUUCGUUUCUGGAUACAUCAAACUAACACUUUCAGAUAAUUAUUUGCCAUCAUUGCAUUAAAAUGCAAUAUCCAGAAAUACUUCGUGUGUGAAAUAAAAUCACUGAUUUAUUUGGUUACUUACUCUAAACCAUAGUUAAAUUGUGAAGUGAAAAGUUAUUUGACUACUUAG